CUAGAAAUGAGAAAAACAUGACGACUUUAUAACUUCAUGGCAAAACCUUGCCCAACGUAAAAGUGUAUCAAUGGCGGGGUCUCUAAAAAGUGUUUCUAUUUCAAACUUAUCACCAAGAUAGAUUUUUCAAAAUUCUACUUAUUCUUCUACUCUUAUACGUAAAGUCCAAAGUUCCUCCUUCAGAUAUUCCCCCAUCUGAAGAACGCAAGCAAAUAGAAGCACCACCUUCCCCACCUCCUCCAAAAGAGCCCGCAAAAGCAAGAAAACAAAAACGCAGCCGAAAGCCUAAUAAUAACAACCCUCCAAUGCCUGAUAUUACCAAGUCUCUCCCUACCGAAGAAAAGCACAGAAAGCGCUCAUCAAAGGGUGAAAAGAAGAGCAAGAAGCACAGUAGUAGUGGAGGUCUACUGAAUGGAACGGUGGAUUCUGUUAAGAAAGAAGCCAAGCGUGGGGUAGAUAGUGCUACCAAGAAAUCCCAAAAUGCGGUUCCUAACCAAGUUUCCGACACUGUCGAGCAAACCAAAGACAAGGUGUCUGAAGGCAAGGAUCAGCUUGAGAAGACCACCAAGGAUCAAGCCAAGCAACUCGGCAUUCCUGAACACUUUUUGUCAACUGACUUCAUGCAAGAAGCUGGCUUUGACGAUAAUGAUGCUAGAAAGCUGAUGAAAGCUAUUAUGGAGUACAACCAAAAGUCCAUGAUGUCGUCUGACUCUGAAGCAGAGCAAGACAACACUGCUGAUGAACCACAGUCUCAAGGCAAUCCGUUGUCUCAAGAAAAGCCACAACCUAAUGGGGCUCAAACCCCACAAACAGAAAAACCUUCUACGCCCAAGGAAGAAGUCUCACAGCCCGAAAAUGGCUCCAUGGGUGGUCUCCUUGAAAACAACGUGAAAGUUGAGCCCAAGGCCCCUGAAGCUCUUUUGAAAGACCUGGUUGGCAAGUCUGUAGAUAAGAAUGGAAACGUUCAUGGUGAUGAUGGAAAACUCAUGGGCAAAGUCACUGGUGAUAUCACCGACGUUGAGGGAAAAAAGGUCAACGAAGCAGGUGAUGUUGUUGACGAAGAUGGCAAGGUGUUUGGCAAAAUCAAGCCGGUUGACCCCACUGAAGUCGCCGGCAUCAACGUUACCCAAGAUGAAAACGGCCAAUCUGGAAAUAUCUGUCUUCGCCACGGUGACAGCGAUCUCAUUAUUAAGGUCGAUGCUACUAAGACCGGAAUUUCUUUCUCCAUCCACAUCCCUCGUCCCCAGUAAAUCCCCUCUCCUCUGUAUACUUAUUUUUCUACCCAUCUUUCUGUAAUUUUCCUACAAUGUACUUCAAGUUGAAUAAAAAUUAACAAAUUGAUUUAACAAGUAACCCGGC